AUGCGCUUCAAGGGGACCACGCUUCUUUUUUUGGGAUUCAUCUUCCUCUGUUUCUUCUCUAGCCUGGCAAACUGUUUCUCAUGGAGACCUCAUACAGUUUCUGAUGGGGAGGCGCAGAUCGCGAUUCAUCAACAGCAACGCAGUAACCCCAAUUCUCUUUGGAUGCAACAGGCGGAUCGAAAACCCUCCAACGCUUAUAGCACUGCCCUUCAAGAGCUGCAGGAUCUGGAGUCGCAGCCUCUCUGCCAUCGCAUCGCUGCACGUCAACUAGUCAAUAACUGCCAUCUCCUGAACGGCCAAGACGAUGCCAAGAUCCAUCUUGACAGUGGAAGGGCCGCGCGAGACUUUGUCGAUUUCUAUGCAGCGAGUCUUGCUAUUUGCGACUUGGAGCGCGGUAGUUUCUUGAUUCCAAAACCGUGCUUCAAGUUCCGAGAACCAUUCCUGGCAGCGCUCCCUGUCCCGACGGUUGCAAAGCUUCACGUUUCGACUGAUGAAAUCGACGAAUGUCUCGAGGGCCUCGCACAGUCGGACUCCGCUUGGAACACUUGGGUAAGCUAUCGCCAUAAGGCGCUGAGGUUCUGUGACGCCGCGAGGGUGGAUAACCAGAAAGACGAGGACAUCUCCCUUUACCAAAGAAUCACCAGGAUCCUCGAGAAACUCACAAAUGAUGUCGAGGCAGACUUGGAAAAGCGUUUCCAAUCCCUCAACCGAGCCUUUGACGCUGCAAGUCAGUCAGUGGACAGCAUUGUGCCACAGGCAAAGCACAUACAGACAGAGAUGGAGAAGGCCAGCAGGAUUCUCCAAAACGACUUGAGCCAUACAAUCAAGGAUUCUCGCGACAUUGUAGCGAGUGGUCUCGAAGAAGCGCAAGCACUGCAUGAUCUCCUCGAGAUACUCGUUCGCGCCGUCCAAGAGCACACCACCGACAUGGCCACAUCCCAAGAGGUUGCAUUGCGAACCAGCACUGAGAAGUGGAAUGACGAGGUUGGUGUUUUGGUGACAGCACUGACCGCAGUGGUCGCAACCUCACUUGAUCAAAUGGAAACGGCGGCAGCUAGGAGUGCAGACAUCCUAACGAAACAGGCCAAAAUCGAGCAAGGCAUGGGCAAGCUCGAAGAACUCGCCGACGAUCUGCUUCUCAAAUACGACAGCCACGAGUCGCGACUGGAUGAUGCUUUACAAAAGUCUAGCCAGGUACUAGACGUUCUUGAAGCAACUGCCGCUUCGGCUGCUGGACUUCAAGGAUACAUGCUUGGUGGUCUUGGGUUCUCCGGAUUUUGGCCCUACGUUGUGUGCCCAGCUUUGUCGUUGGCGUUGGGAUCAUACAGGCUUGAGCCUUCACUCGCGCGAAACAUAUGGCUCGUCGGUAUCGGUGAACUCAUGGGUGCGGUUGUAUCGAAAGCGAGUUAUUACUCGAAUAUCUUUGGCUUUGCUGGAUUUUUUGAAACGACCACUGACCCGACACUCAACCAAACCUUUCCUGUCACGACAGUCAAAAGUUCUAUCGGCGAUAGCCUUAUUCUACCUGGUAACAGUAUGAACAGCCAGAAUCUUGGCACAGCAGGAUACGACAGAGACCGCGAAAUGGACGACCGACACCGAGCUUUACAGCAACGCGAGGAGAUGGCCCGUCGAGAUCAAGAGCGAGAACGAGAACGAGAGCGCGAACGUGAGCGCGAACGGGACCGAGAGUCCAACGAACGAUACCAAUCAACACCUCACCAUAGCAGCGCUGGUUCUAUCCCCAUCCACCAGCCUGUCGCGUCGCGGAUUUCCGGUGCAAUUCACAGCCCUGGAGGACUGCUCGCGAACCAUAACGGAAACCCUCAGAUUCCCCUCGGUACUCCAUCAGGUGGUCCUUUAGCCGCCUUUGGAGGGCCACUACAAAACGAACACAACCGACCGGUCCAGCACGGUGGACCAAACAACGGCAACACCCAACCGCAAAUGUUUGCUCCGAUGGCUCAUGCGACUGGACCGCCAGCUUCGACGCAGGCUGCUGCCAAUAGCAGUGUAGCUGCUGUCUUUGGUGGUCCUUUACCACAACAACCCCAGGAGGGUCAGCGAGGUGGCCAGCAAGGCGCGCCGUUCAACCCAGGAGCUGCAUCUGCGGCCCAUCAGCUUCCCGGGGGUAUCACCCAGGGUCAGCAACCUAUUCUUAAUGAUGCCCUUACCUAUCUCGACCAAGUUAAAGUCCAGUUCCACGAUCAGCCCGAUGUUUAUAACCGCUUUCUUGACAUUAUGAAGGAUUUCAAGAGUCAGGCUAUCGAUACUCCAGGUGUUAUCAACCGAGUCUCGGAGCUUUUCGCUGGACACCCAAAUCUUAUUCAAGGAUUCAAUACUUUCUUACCACCCGGUUAUCGAAUCGAGUGCGGCGCUGGUAACGAUCCGAAUACAAUCCGUGUCACCACACCUAUGGGUACCACGGUUCAGUCCAUACGUGGGAACCAAGGUGACGGCCAUGGGCCCGUUGUUAACCAGCCUCUGUUUCCCGAACGCAGCGGCCAGUGGCAGCAACAGCAGCAACAGAGGCCUCAACAUAGCAUCGAGAGUCCGGAGGCCCAAUUUAGCACUCCAGUGCAAAACGGCGCGAGUCUCUUUGUUCAGGCUGCAGCUCACAAUGCCGCAUUUAACGAGAGCAACAACCAAGGUCAGCGACGGGCUUUGCCUCAAGGCAGUGCGGCUCCUGGUGAGGGUCCUAACGCUCGUCAAGCAUUAACACCCACUCCAGGACAAGCUGGGGUGAACGGCAAUGCGGCGAACCAGGCAAACAUGGAACGACGUGGACCGGUUGAAUUCAACCAUGCUAUCAGCUACGUGAAUAAGAUCAAGAACCGUUUCCAGGACAAACCUGAGAUUUACAAACAAUUUCUUGAGAUCCUCCAAACAUAUCAGCGCGAACAAAAGCCUAUUCAGGACGUAUACGCGCAGGUGACUACUCUUUUCAACUCUGCCCCUGACCUGCUUGAAGACUUUAAGCAAUUCCUACCAGAAUCCGCUGGUCAGGCCAAACAGACUCCUAACCGAAUGGAAGACGGGCCCCCAACCGGUCCUAACCAGACACCUCAACCGGCUAUGAGAGAUGGCCAGAAGAUGCCUCCACUUGGUAGCUUUCCGCCACCUGCAAGCGCUACAAAGGAUAAUAAAAAGCGCCCAAGAGCUGACAAGCAGGCUGCUCAGCCUGCGACUAUCCUUGCGGAGGCGACUGCGGCUGCGCGCAUCAUACCUCCUGCAGUGAACGUCGAACCGACAUUGACGCCCGUCAUGCCGGAGCCAUAUCCCGCCAGGACCUCUUCGACAUCGAAUCAAGAGGAGAUCGCCUUUUUCGAGCGAGUUAAGAAGUACCUCAGCAACAGGUCUUCCAUGAAUGAGUUUUUGAAACUCUGCAAUCUCUUCAGUCAGAACAUCAUCGACCGGAAUACGUUAUUCCACAAGGGCGCACUGUUUAUUGGUGCAAACCCUGACCUGAUGACCUUCUGGAAGAGCUUUGUAGGUGUUGAUACUCACGAUGUCAUUAUUGAUAACCGUCCUGCGCCCCCAACAGACAAGGUGUCCCUCAGCAACUGCCGCGGGUAUGGGCCCAGUUAUCGAUUACUUCCAAAGCGAGAACGCCUUAAGCCCUGCAGUGGCCGCGACGAGCUGUGCAACUCUGUACUCAACGACGAGUGGGCCUCACAUCCUACGUGGGCGUCUGAGGAUAGUGGCUUUGUUGCUCAUAGAAAGAAUCAGUUUGAAGAGGGUCUGCAUCGCAUUGAGGAAGAGCGCCACGACUACGAUUUCAAUAUCGAAGCUAAUCUGAAGUGCAUCCAACUCUUGGAGCCUAUUGCACAACAGAUGCUGGCGAUGUCUGCUAACGAAAGGGAUUCCUUCCAUCUGCCCUCUGCCCUUGCUGGCCAAAGCACAUCCAUCUUCAAGCGUAUAUGCAAGAAGAUCUACGGCGAACGAGGUAUUGAUGUUGUUAACGACAUGUUCACUCACCCUUUCGACGUUGUGCCUGUCUUGCUGGCUCGUAUGAAACAAAAGGACGAAGAAUGGCGAUUCUCUCAGCGUGAGUGGGAGAAGGUCUGGCAUGCUCAGACUGAGAACAUGCACCUCAAGAGUUUGGACCACAUGGGCAUUCUUGUGAAGCAGAACGACAAGAGACAUCUGACUGCAAAGCACCUUGUCGAUGUUAUCAAGACAAAGCACGAGGAGCAGCGUCGUGAACGAUCGUUGAAGGGUGGAAUUCCUCGUCACCAGUUCAGCUGGGACUUUAGCGAUAAGAAUACCAUCAUCGAUCUUCUGCGCCUGAUGAUGCUGUACAGCUUGCACAAUGGUCAGCACAGUAGCCAGGAGAAGGAACGUAUUCUUGAAUUCUUCGAGUCCUUUAUUCCCAUGUUCUUUGACAUACCGGAGGAGAGCAUCCAGGAUAAGCUCCCGAAGAUGCAGCCAGACUCUGGCGAGGAAGAGGCCGAAGAUCACACACCUGCAGAGCUCACCAAUGGCCGAAGCCGACGUAACGGACGGAAAGGAGAUCUCCUUAGAGGAGUUCUUGAUCCUGGCCGCAAUGGCAGCAAGCCUCGUGGCAACAAGGAGGACAGUGGUUCUGGAAGCAAGGAGACUACUCCUGACGUCACUUCUGCAAACGAAGAGGAGAUGCCUGACGCCUCUGAAGACGCCGCGAACACUGAUAUUUCCAACGACCGGUGGAUGCCUAACAUUCCUAAGCCUGUCGUCGUUGGUGAUAGCGACGCUAUCUUGAGCACGGAGGGCGAACUGAAGGCUGAUGGAUUCUUUACUCGGCCCUGGUACAACUUCUACUGCAACCAGACCUUGUUUGUCUUCUUCAGCAUCUUGCAAACUCUGUACAAACGUCUUCAAGAUCUCAAGGAGGCUAAGGAAGUAGUAGCCAAAGAGGUUGAACGUCUCAACAAGCAGAAGCCUGCUCGGGACAUUGGUUUCACCGAGAACCACAUGAAGUUCUUUGACACCAAUGACGACCCUGAUAGCUACUGGCCAAAGACCCUUGAGCUUAUUGAGGAGUAUAUUUCGGGUGACGUGGAUGAGAGCCGCUACCAGGAUGUAAUGCGGCACUACUACCUCAAGACAGGAUGGAAAGUGUACACGAUUCAGGAUCUCUUGAAGACUCUCUGCCGUCUUGCUCUCACCUGCAGCAGCACCGAUGCUAAGGAGAAGACUCCUGAUCUGAUUGCUCAGUACCAGGCCAGUCGCGAACGAGAGGAGACAAGCUUUCAGACUGAGAUCAGUGCUCGUAAGUUUGCAGAGAAGUGUGUUAAGGACGGAGAUGUCUUUGUGAUAUGCUGGCUGCCGGCCAAAUCUGAGGCGACUGUGCGAUGGCUCCAACGGGAAGAGACAACAUUCUACAUGGACGAAAUGCAACUUCGCGAGCGUUGGCAAUACUACAUCUCGUCGUUUAUCCGGGUCGAACCUACUGAGGGAGUUCAGAGGUCGAAACUCCAGAAGGUGGUGCUGUCCCGCAACUUGCCAUCGGCUGACACCGAUAACGACGAUGAUGCCAUCCCCAAGCCUGUAUCCUACAAGGAGAAUCUGACGAUCAGCAUCUGCUUGAAGAGCUCUAAGAUGGUCUGGGCUCCUGGUACUUCGGAAUACGUGAUUUACGGCCAUGCUCCCAAGACCGUUGAACAAUCUGUGCGUCGUGAGAAUUUCGAACGAGCUCUGAGCACACACCGAGAGAACAAGCUUCUCGAGAAGUGGGUGCACAACCCGGCUUGGACCAAAGAUCUUAGUCCAGAGGAGGUUCAGGAGCAGAACAAGAACUUCCGCAAGUGGAUGGACGAUGGCGUCGUUCCGCCCAGCGCUGUUGAAGAUGUGGAGAUGGACUAG